CCGUGUGUCACGGCACAGCCCGGCACUCCGCGGUGCUCUGCAGCACGCUGCCCUGCUCUCUGCGCGGCUCCCCCCCUUCUGCGCAGCGCUGGCUGGGGUUAGAGCCAGGAUCUUACAGGAGACAAGAGCUCCCUUGGCGCUGGUUGCCAGGAGAACCCAUGGCAAAGCCAAGACCACAGUGUUGCGUAUCCAGGAUAAGUCUGUCCCUCUCACCUCCUCUGCAGGGGCAGCUGAGAGAGAACAUUGUCUCCCCAGUGGCACCAGUGAGGGAACUGUAAAUGAAACCAGAACGAACUGCCCUGCUCAGCCUGCAGUGUUUGUGGGAUGGAGCAGCGGAACCGUUUCCAAGUGCGCAAAUGCAGCCAAAGACAGGACUGAGGGACCAGACGGGGCAUGUGCGUGGAUGGCAGAGCUGGAUCCGCUGCUGGGGAACCCACCGAAGCUGGCAGCAGCAGCACCAGGGCACAAUCAGUCUCUGUGGGCUUCCUGAUCCACCCCCCGGCAUUCGGGGUCCCAGACAGACAGACGCUGCUCAGCCUUUAUACUGCAGGAAGCCUCCUUCCCCUGGCAGCAGUAUCUCAGAGAGACCUCGGACCCCCAGCAACAGCGACGCCUCGGGGUGCAGCGGGAGCUCGGCCUUCCUCGGGGACCCCCCCUGGCAUUGUGCCUCGGCACUGGGAAGGAGGCGUCAGACCUUGGGAAGGAGGGAUCAGACCUUGGGAAGGAGGCAUCAGACCCUGUGUGUUGCAUAUUUAGAAGCUAAACCCUACUCGAGGAGGCUUCAAACUGACGUUAUCACACCUCAGCCAUGAAUGGGUACUUGAAUGAGUCCAACUUCAUGAUGGUGGAGGAAGGCUUCACCACCAGAGACCUCCUGGAGAACCUCCUUGUGGAGCUGUGCCAGGCGGGUGACCAACAAGCCUUCUUCGUGGCAGACCUGGGGGACAUCGUGAAGAAACAUCUGCAGUUCCUGAAGGCCUUACCCCGGGUGAAACCAUUCUUCCCGCUGAAGUGCAACAGCAGUGAUGGAGUGAUUCGGCUGCUGGCGGAGCUGGGGACAGGCUUUGCCUGUACCAACAAGGCAGAGAUUGCACGGGUUCAGAGCAUUGGAGUCCCACCUGACAAGAUCUUCUACAGCAGCCCCUGCAAGCAGGUCGCCCACAUCAAGUAUGCAGCCAGCCACGGGGUGCAGCUGAUGACCUUCGACAACGAGGUGGAGCUGAGCAAGGUGGCCAGGAGCCACCCUGGGGCCCGGAUGUUGCUGGGUAUUGCUGCUGACUCCAGCCCUUCUGCCCAUCCAAUUAUGAUGUUUGGGACCACGCUCAAGUCCUGCAGGCAUCUGCUGGAGACAGCGAAGGAGCAGGCUGUGGAGGUGGUUGGCGUCAGCUUCCACCUCGGGAGCCGUGGCCUGGAGCCUCAGGCCUUCGCUCAGGCCAUGGCUGCAGCACAACUGGCCUUUGACAUGGGCACGGAGCUGGGCUUCCAGAUGCACCUCCUGGACAUCGGAGGGGGAUUCCCUGGCACCGAGGACACCAGAGCCCGGUUCAAAGAGAUGGCUGCUGUGAUAAACUCUGCCUUGGACUUGUACUUCCCGGAUGGCUGCGGGGUGGAGAUCGUGGCGAGACCUGGGCGAUACUAUGUCACCUCUGCCUUCACCCUCGCUGCCACCGUCACUGCCAGGGAAGAGGUCCCCAUGGAGCAGCCUGGCUCCGACGGUGGGUGGGAUGGUGGGACAAUCCCAGCCAUGUGCCCGACCCCCCCUGAGCCCUCUCCCUGCUCCUCUCCAGAGGAAGACUCUGCCAACAAGAAGAGCCUUGUGUAUCACCUCAGCGAUGGCAUCUAUGGCGCCUUCAGCUGCCUCCUGUUUGACACCCCCUGCCCCACACCUCAGCUGCCCAAGAGACCCUGCCCCGACCACCCCUCACACAGCAGCAGCCUCCGGGGCCCCCUUGGCCACGCAGACGACCGCCUGGCCGACGGCCUGGACCUGCCCCAGCUGCAGGUCGGGGACUGGCUCAUUUUUGAGGACAUGGGUGCCUACACCGUCACCACGUCCCCCCCGGGGGGUCCCCAGCCCCACAUCACCUACGCCAUGUCCCGCAUGGCCUGGAAAGCCGUCCAGCUCUUCCUUGGGAAGCCACCACAACCAGAAGACGACCAUGAGAGCAUCUGCACCCCACUGUCCUGCGGCUGGGAGAUGGCAGAGUCACUCUGUGUCACCCCAGUCUUCGCUCCAGCCGGGAUCAUCUGAGCACCGGGAGCACGGGACACAUCCUGCCUGCUGCUGGCAUUGCCCCGGCAUCACCCCGUGGUGGGGCCUUUGAAGCCUGUGCCAUAAAGCCUGUUCCUCCUGCC